AUGUCUUUAAAAGUUCUCUCUCUGCUCCUCGCUUCUCUGGGCUUUGUUUUGAUGGAAGAAAACGUCUCGGGCGUAAGCAUAAGGACUCCCAGUGCCAGACCAGUGCAAAGACGCUACUCGGAGGCCACCCUGGCAAGCGAUUACAGCCGCACGAUGGAUAACAUGCUGAAGAAGAACUUUGUGGAAUGGUUGCUAGCCAGACGGGAGAAGAAAAGCGACAACAUCAUCGAGCCAUACAAGCGGGAAGCUGAGCCCCAAGUAUCAGCGACGAACGGCCAGAGGUUGGACCUGGGCACCCAGGAGGCCAAAGACUUCUUCGCCUGGCUACUGAAAGCCAAGAAAAACCCGAGUUUUACUUCUCUGGAAGGUUCAGAAGGUUUGAAGGAUGUUUUGAACCAGGAGUUUCUGACGUGGCUGAUGUCGACUGAUCUCUGCAGACCAACGUACUUACUAGUAGAUACUAACUUCAAUACAAGUCUUGCUAUCAAAAUGGAUUUGCAAGGCAUCAGCGGGGGCUGGAGGGCAAAGUACAAGGAGCGAGGGACGGUCCUGGCCGAAGACCAGCUGGCUCAGGUGGGAGACCCACCCCUGCCCUGGCAGCGGGAAGAACCCUGGUUGUGA